CUGCUCUGUAAGGUUUCAAGGGACAGCCUUGAAUGACCAUCUCCUGACUGGCCCAGAGUUAACAAACACCUUGGUGGGAGUUUUGUGUCGGUUCAGAAAGGGUCGUGUGGCAGUUAUGUGUGACAUAGAACGUAUGUUCCACCAGUUCCAUGUUAAGCCAGAGGACCAAGAUUACCUCAGAUUCUUGUGGUGGAAGGAUGGAGAUCUUAAAGCCCAGCCCUCCAUCUAUCGAAUGAAGGUCCACUUGUUCGGUGCAGCUUCAUCACCUGGAUGUGCUAACUAUGGCCUGAAGCACCUUGCCGCUCAAGGACAAGGACGCUUUAGAGAAGAAACCAUCAGGUUCAUCCAGAAGAGCUUCUACGUCGAUGAUGGAUUGGCAAGUGUAGAAUCUGAAAACCAAGCAAUCCAACUAGCGAAGGAAGCAAGAGAGCUUUGUCGCACAGGCAAACUUCGAUUGCACAAGUUAAUCUCCAACAGCAAAGAAGUCUUAACCACAAUUCCUGAGGAAGAGUGUGCUAAAGCCGUCAAGGACCUGACCAUGAUGUUGGGAGAACCACACAUGGAAAGAGCACUAGGAGUACAGUGGUGUGUGACUUCUGAUGAGCUGCAGUUCAGAGUGGUUGUCAAAGAAAAUCCACUUACCCGCAGAGGGGUCUUGUCCACAGUUGCCUUGGUGUACGACCCACUUGGAUUUAUGGCACCCUUCAUCCUGGUAGGAAAGCAGAUCCUGCAGCAGAUGUGUCGUGACAAGCUCAGUUGGGAUGAUCCUUUGCCUGAUGACCUUCGACCCCUGUGGGAGUCUUGGUUGCAAGAUCUAAAAAACUUGGCUGGUGUGAGAAUCCAAAGAUACUAUCUGCCAUCAAGCUUCAAGGUCCAGCAUUAUGAGCUCCACCACUUCUCUGACGCCAGCAUGUCAGGCUAUGGAGAGUGCUCGUAUCUAAGAGCAGUCAGUACAUCAGGGGAGGUCCACUGCUCCUUGGUCAUGGGAAAGUCAAGAGUUGCUCCUACUAAAGUCACGACCAUACCAAGACUCGAGCUGUCAGCAGCAGUGGUAGCAGUCCGGACCAGUGACAUGCUCAAGAAAGAACUAGAAAUAGACUGCCAACAAGAAUGUUUCUGGACUGACUCAAAGGUUGUACUUGGAUACAUCAGUAAUGAAGCCAGAAGAUUUCAUGUUUUUGUAGCAAAUAGAGUUGAACGCAUCAAGCUAAGCACAGAGGCCAGACAAUGGAGAUAUGUAGCUUCAGAAGACAACCCAGCUGACCACGCCUCAAGGGGUGUCACAGCAGAACAACUCACAGCUUCUAACUGGUUCACAGGUCCAGACCUUCUUUGGCAAAAAGAGCUACCAACUGGAGUUGUCAUGGUGGGAGAGAUCGAGAGCAGUGACCCAGAGGUCAAGAAAGCUCAGGUUCAUGACACUCAGGCAGAAGAAGCAAAAACAAUUUUAGAUCGUCUACACAAGUUCUCAGACUGGGCAAGAAUGGUGAAGGCUGUUGCCAGACUCAAGCGCCGUGCUAAGGAAAUCAAAGGUCUCAAGCCAAAGUCCUGUGAGGCCUCGAACUUGGAGGAAAGGAAAGAGGCGGAGCUGACCAUAAUCAAGAUGGUCCAGGAAGCAACUCUCUCUCAAGAAAUUCAACGCCUUAGACAUCAUAAGGAGACGAAGGUCAAAGACAAAGCCAACCAGUUGCACAAACUAUGUCCGUUCCUGGAUGAUCAAGGUGUAAUCAGAGUAGGAGGCCGCUUAGCUAAUGCUGCCCUACAUCCACAUGUGAGGCAUCCAGCAGUACUUCCUAGAGACAGUCAUGUUUCUGCAUUGCUCGUCAAGCACUAUCAUGAGAGAGUGUACCAAAGAUCGCAGAAAUGCAAAGGUCGGUGACAUUGUUCUGUUACAAGAUGCUGCCACACCACGAAACCAAUGGAAGCUAGCAAGAGUCAUCGAGGUCUAUCCUGGAAGUGAUGAAAGAGUGAGGAGACUCAAGUUACUCAUCAGUGACUCCUCCCUGGAUGGAAGAGGAAAGCGUACAGCCAAACCUGUUUACCUGGAGAGACCCAUUCAGAAAACAGUUACAUUGCUAGAAGCAGACUGAUGGUUCUAUCAUACACUCACACACAGUUUAUUAGUUGUUUAUUAGGACAGAGUUUCAUUUUAUUUAUUCAUGCAGUAGGUUUGUCUCCAAGUUUUAAGAAAUCACUUGUGAUUUGGUGGGAGUGUAACUGCCUCUGUCGCCAGUUUAUUUCAUGUAUUUGCACUUUUUAUUAUUUAAUUUCUUCUGAAUUGUACGUUUACAGCAAGACGGAACUAAUUAUUGGUUCCGCCCGAGUGUUGUCACCCGAGCGCCUUUAGCGACGCACCGAGAAAACUUUACCGCCAAAAGCGAAUUAUUUUUCCACUGUUAUCGUGUUUAAGUGCAUACUUACAAAGAAAGUAUACAGAAGAAGAUAAAGGACAUUUAA